AAAAAUAUUAAAUUUUUAUAUUUAUUCAAAUAAAUAUAUACAUCCACAAAUUUUUUUUUUAAGUAAAAGAUAUAAUUUAUGCUGCAAGAAAUAUAAUUGAGAAAUAAAAUAGAAAAAUAAAAUUUUCGAUUAUUGAGAAAAUAUAAAUUGCUAGAAUAGAUAAUCACGGUUUCCAAAAUUUAAUUAUUUAUUCGGUAACUAUCGGAAAGAUUCGGCAGUGAUCGCAUCAAUGUCGAAGUUACGACACACAGAUACAAAGAAAAUCAACAUCGGUGGUCGUGAACACCCUGACCUAUUCGUUUCAUGAGGCAGACCGAAAUCAGACAGCGACGCGACGGUUGAAAAAUUAUGAUAGUAUCUUCGUUGUGGUCAUCGUUCUCUUUCUUUUUCACGUCACUACUACGCUACUGCGAUUGGCCGGCAAAUGGUGGACGAACCGUUGUGUUAUUCGUUUCGAUGACGCGUAUAUUGUGUGUGUAAUAGUGUACAUCGAUUGAAAAUCAUUUGGCAAAUUUUCUCAUACAUCUUAGCCAUUGUUUUCUUACUCUAUCGAUUCGUAGACGGUUGGUUUACAACUGGCAUGCAUGCUGUAUAGCACUCACAGCACCCACGCUGACAGUAAAGCUCUGACUGCAGAAGCGUAUGUUGUUAUCCCAGUGCUCGGUGAUAGAUACCUAACUACGUACACGGAAGAGAAACGCUAUCAACAUCUCGAUGGUGAAGCUGCGCAAAGUAUCAGUGACAGGGAGAAAUUACCUUGCCGUUUUCGGUUAUUCGACAUUCAAAGGAUACAGAAGAAAACGUCUUGUACAUGAAAAAGCAUUGAAAAAGAUGCUAACGCCGGGACGAUCGGGACCAAUCAGUCCCGAGGAGAUCGGCAAUGGACCUGAUACAAAAGAUCCUGGUGCAACAGGAAAUGGUUCAGGGACGUAUGCGCGUGGUACGCGCGCCCCAACUACAUAUGAGACUGAUGAAAGGGCAAAAGAGUUCCUUUCGACCGGAAGAACUGGAAGGAGAAAUGCUCUAACGGAAAUCUUGAGUCACCAUGCAGAAACAGGAAUAUUGGAUUUGCCAGAUCGUUUUGAAGAGCUCACCAUGGAAACAGGUCAAACGAAUAACAGCAAUCAAGAUUCAAAUUCACCGGGUACUUCAAAACAGCAAGGUUGACGCGAUUCUGGAUUCGUUUUUAUAAAUGUAUUGGUCAUAAUGUAAACACACAAUAAGGAAAGUGUCGUUUGAAGUUCUACUUCAAGGAAGUUGCUGAAAUAUUAUGAAACUGUUUUUCUCUUGUGUCAAAUCAAACUAGAUCUCAAACUUUACGCACAGUUUAUUUCGUUGCUAUGUUGGUGCAUACUCGGUGAGGUCGCUUGAUAGCCAGUCACAUAAAUAUGCAAAUACAUGAAUAUUAACAUGAAUAUGUUAUUGAAAUUAAAGCUUAUUGUUUGUAACGAUUAUUAAUAUGACGCAAUAUCAAGUUGUUUGAUAUUAUUAAAAGAAUAAUGUCGAAGAUUUAGUAACCUUUAUAUCGUUAAUAAUUAUUAGUACUCGAUUAAUAUUUCGAGUUCUAUUAAUACUCAAAAUUCGUACAAUACGAAAUUAUUUGAUGUCUCGCGAAUAAAAUUUUUCACAUUGAUGUGAAAUCUAUAUGAUAGUCAUAGUAUGUUUAUACGUAUGCAUAUCCAUGGGUGUCUUGUAAAUUGCGGAUAUGGUUAACAGGGAUAAUUAUAUGUAUAAUUAUUCUAUAUAUAAUUCUUUACACGUUGUGCGUAUGCGUUUAGGAUUUAAUAAAAAUAUACAAUAAGUUUUUAAAAGGCAGGAGGGAGCACUUUUUUAAAUAAUAAUACAUGUACUAUUUAUGUCAGUAAUUUUUCUCCAUCUUUUUUUGUCAUUAGCAAUGAUUUCGUUUCAAAUACACUUUUUUAAAUACAUGCUUACUAUAUUCAAUUUUUUUGCUAUUAAACUUUUCGCAUCCACAAAUGAAAUAUUUCUUGACUUUAUAUUAUUUAUAUUAUAUCAUAUAUGAAGUAUUUCACGUGUCUUUUUUUUUUUUUUAAACGCGAAAAAUCUCAUUAUGAAUUCAGAACUCUUCAUUAUAAUCUUUAAGUGAUCUUGGUCCUUAUAAUCUUUAAAUAAUUCUCCAUAACUUUUAAAUAAUCUUAACUCUUUAAUCAUGAUCUUCAAGUGACCUUGACCCUCCAUCAUGAUCUUCAAAUAACUUUUAAAUAAUUUUGACUUAACGAAAAGAUUAGUAUUAAAUAAAAACCAUUAGAUAUUUUUAAGAACAAAUUUUUAUAUAUAAAAUUUGUCUCUUGAACGUAUAAAAAUUUAAAGAAAAAUACGCAGUAUAAUUUUCAUCCGAGAUGUCGUACAAAUCAUAUUGUAUCGCUAGAUAUUUGUGGAUGUGGAAAGAUUAAAAGAAUUUUAUAAAGAAUAGAUCAGAUAUAUAUAUAAUAGUAUGACAGUACUAUAUGUAAUGAAUUAUAUUGAGUUUUAUAUAGUACGAUAUUCCAGCCAAAGAUCAAAAAUCUUGUCGAUUUUUGAUUACUAUAUUGUCUAACAUUGGCCUAAUAUUAUCUUAUUUAAAACUAAUAUUUUUAUUCUUUCUAUUAAUAAAUUCCAUAUGUUUUAUGUAAUUGUUAUAUUUAGUUUAUUUAAAAAGAAACAUUUAUCGAAUUAAGUAUUUAUUUUAGAAAUUUUAAUUGUAAUUUUUUCACAUUAACAAAAAAAUAUUACUAAAUUAUUAGAAUUUUCGUAAUCUUGCCAAUUUCAAAGUAUACUUCAUUGAAUAUCUAAGGAUAUGUAUUUAUGUUCCUAAUAUUUAGUAACUUAAUUACAGAAAUAUUCGCAUCUUAAUUUUCUAAAUGUGUUUUGAAUACACAAAAUAUUUUAAUAGUAUAACUAGAAUUGGUUACUCUAGAUUAAAUGAUUUUUCUGUUAAUGUGAUUUAUAUUUAUAUUUAAUAUAAAUAAUAUAUUUCAUUGUAAUUGAAUAUAUAAUUAAUAAUAAAUUGCAAUACAAUGUUAUGAUUGUUGAUAUUUGAUGUAUCAAAUAGUGAUACUAUAGAAAAUAUAAAACUCGUAUUAUGUUUUGCUAAAAUUAAACAACUAAAGCAAUUAUUCAAGUCAAAGAAUUUUAUAAAAAAGAUUCUUUAUAUUUUCAAUAAAUUAAAAAAUAUGUUUAGAAAAAUAUUUUAUAAUAUUUAAAAUUAUAAAUUAAAUGAUAAAUUAUAUAAAUUAUUUUGAAUAUAUAUUGAAUUCGUAUUGAUAUUUCUUAUUGUGAUUCUAAAUGGAAUAUUAUAAAAUUUUAUUUAUUAUGUAUUUAUGCAUUUUUCUCUCAAAUAAUAAAGUUAUCCAUGAAAAAAAAAUAUACUUUUCGAUUUACGUAGUAAAAUACUCAAUUUGAACACUGUACUAACAUAAAUUAAACACGAUGGAAUAUUUUAUAUAAAUAUAUAUAAUUUAUAUAUUUAAUUCUUCAAUUUAUUUUUCAAGUAUUGUUUUAAAAAAAGUGAAAUUCUAACAAUAUGAAUAAUUUUGAAAUUGAUUAUAAAAUAAGAGAGAAAAACAUUUUUUUCAAAAUAAAUUUUUUUUAAGCUUAUAAAAUAACUAGUAAUUUAUUAUGUAUCAUUCUUAUGCAUAUUUUGUAUAUUUGUUGCAAUAUUUUAAAUUGAUAAAAGAAUGAAUAAAUAUGAUAUUUUUCGAUGAUAAAAUUUCUGUUCGUAAUAAUGUACAGUGCGCUAAUUGUGUACAAAAUAAUAACUUUUAUCUAUGUUGAUAUAAGAACUUGUACAAAUAAUAGUAAGAACAUUAGAUCUUUUAACUAUCGAAUUGUAAAUACAUAUAACAACAGAAUGUUUUGCGUGUAACAAUAAAUGACUGACGAAUGAUCUCGUGUAAAGGAACCGUUUGUUAGCGUGUUAUUUUAUUUUUGUUUGUAAGGUUUUAGCGUUCCAAAUAUUUAAUAAUAUUGUUUCACGUAUGUAUUAGACUUUUGCUACAAUUUAAAUACGAAUAAAUUUAAUUGUUACUAUAAUUAAGAGGAUAAAUACAAGUAAACAGCAUUGAGCUCCUAACAGUAUUUAUAUAAAUGAUAAUUAACGAAAAAAAUAUAAUGUAUAAAGAUUAGCAAAAUAAUUUCGAUUCAAUACUUGUAAUGUUUUACAUUUUCAUUGUACUAUUGAAAGAGAAAAUGAAGAAUUUCUAUAAUUUAUACAUGAUUUUCGUUACGAAAAUUAUGAAUAUAAAUAUAAAAUAUAAAUAUAUAUAUAUAUAUAUAUUUAUACAAAAUGCUCGUCAUUCGCUUUGUAUGAUAUAAAAUCUUUAGGAUCCCAAGUUUCGGAAAUCUGCGAAUAACGUUCUACGGAUUUUUCUAAAAUCCAGCAAUUGUGUCGAAAAUAUUUAAAAUGAAAAACUUUAUUAAACUAUUUUCCAAUAUUAAAAUAAUUUACGUAAUAUCUAAGCCAAUAUUUCCUAAUGUGAAGUAUAUAUUUAAUAUAAGAAGAUAAUAUUUUUAAAGGACAAUAUGAAUUGUUUCAGUUGGGGAUCUACGGAUUAAUGAAUUUAUAAGUAUGGGUGCUAUUAUUUAUUUAUAUAGUAAUUUAUAAGUUCUAUUCAUAUUAGUAUCGAUGAUACGUGCAAUUCAAAAUGUAUCUUAGCGACAAAACUACGAACAACUAGAUAACAUUCUAUGAUGCGCGAUGAAACUAUUGUUAAUAAAUAAUGAAUGUCGAUCGAUGAAAAAUCUUGUCGAAUAGCAUGUACAGCAACGGCCUUCACGAUUUAAGUCCAUUAUUUGAGACUAUUGUGUUUAACGAAUAAACACGAUUGUAACGAUGUACGCCACUCGUGUAUGGGAACAGAAUCAUAAAUAUAAUUCAUAUUAUAUGUGAA